AUGGCGAUCCCCACCAGAGCUAAACCCAUCAACACAUUGAAUGAAUUAUCUGCAGCACAACGAAGCGGUCAGAUUCAGGUGACAGCCAUCGGUGGCUCCUCUUAUUACGACUCUUUGAAGACCGCAAAGUUUGGUGUGUAUCAGGAGAUCGGGCAACUCAUACAACCCGUCAGGAAUAAGGACGAAGGACUCAAUAUUGUCAUCAAUGCCUCCAAACCUCACGCAUACAUCUCGACCAGAGAUCACUUGUAUUACGGUUUACUAAAGUUUGGUCCAAAACUUAUACAUUUGCCGCCUUAUACUGAGGAGUCGACUGUGUUUCUCGAUGUUAUGGCUAUUGCUAUGCAUUACGACUUCCAGUAUAAGGAUGUCUUCAAUAAAUUAAUAUCGGACCUAAAGAAAGGCGGUUUUCUCGACUACUGGCGCUUAUCUGAGAACCGGAAGCUAGCAGUGAAUGGGGAUCAGAGUGUGAAUACUGUGGACGACCAGAGAGAGCAUGAGGUCCUUAUCCUGGAUCAGUUGCAAAGUGCUUUCUAUCUGAUGGCAUUGGGCUAUAUGAUGGAAUUGUCAUCGGAUUGGACACAACCGGCGGCGCAGACGGCGAAGACAUAUGGGGAAGCGCUGGACGUGUUGGUGAAGUCGGGGCCGACCGACGACUAUUCGCUGAUCCAACGGAUCGGAAGCGGAAGGUAUGGCGAAGUGUUUGCGGCCAUCAAUGUGACCACCGAUAAGAAGUACGCCAUCAAAGUCCUCAAACCCGUGCGCAUCGAGAAAGUGAUC